AAAACAAGCGAUACAUUACAAAAGUUCCCCCAAUAAUAGCCCGUGUGCCUAGUUCUUGAAGAGUUUAGUCAGUGAUCUUUAGCCGUGGACGCAACAACGUGUACUCGGCUUAACGGAACAAAGUUUUUUUAUAUAAAUAUUCCAUACAAAAAAGAUCGUGCUCUUAUCUAGUCCAUUUCAAUUCUUAUUUUUCUAUGAAAUUAAAAAAAGUUUAGAAAAAUCUAACUAAAGAAAAAACACAACAACUACAAAACUAGAGGCGUUUUCAAUCAAUCUUCAAUAUAUAUAAAUUACCUGCCUGUUUGAAAUUUAUAUUUAUAUUUAUUAAAAAACUCACACACACACAAAACACAAACAAAUCUUAGCCAAAAUGUCGAAAUCAAAUGGAGGUAAAACCACCUAUGUACCCACAGAAUUUCAAUUCUAUGCUCCCAAGGAGAAACAAUCUAUAGGCCAAUUUAUAUACAACAGCAAAGAUGGCACAUAUUUUGGACGCACACCUAAAAGUUGGGGUCAAUUGAUGCUAUUCUAUGGCAUUUUCUACAUUGUAUUAGCUGGUUUAUUUACAAUUUGUAUGGAAGGUCUUUUCUCCACAUUGCACGAUAACGAACCCAAAUGGAAACUAGAUGAAUCAUUAAUUGGUACAAAUCCAGGCAUGGGCUUCCGCCCCUUAAGUGAAGAAACUGAACGUGGUUCCGUUAUACAGUUCGACACCAAAAAGAAUGCCGAAAAGAAAUAUUGGAUUGAUUUAUUAGAUGAAUAUAUGAAAGACUACAAUGAAACCCAUGUUGGCAAAAGUUGUUCCUUCAAUCAAACCCACAAUCCCGAAGAUGUUUGCAUGGUAGAUAUUAAAGAAUUUGGUGGUUGCUCUCCACAGAACGCCUACGGUUAUAAUAAUACCCGUCCAUGUGUUUUCUUGAAAUUGAACAAGAUCUUCAAGUGGGUGCCUGAAUUUUAUGAUGAUCCUAAAGAUUUGCCCGAAACUAUGCCCGUACAAUUGAAGAAACACAUCGAGGAUGUCGAUCCUUUAAGCCGUCAACAAAUCUGGGUUAGCUGUGACGGCACCAAUGCUGAGGACAAAGAAAACUUGGGUGAAGUCAAAUACUAUCCUUCACAAGGUUUCCCCGCCUACUAUUAUCCUUUCCUUAACCAGCCCGGCUACUUGAGUCCCUUAAUCGCUGUACAAUUCGAAAAAUUGCCCCUUAAUAAAAUGGUCAACAUUGAAUGUCGUGCCUGGGCAAAGAAUAUCAUUUACAGUGGCAGUGUACGCGAUCGCAAAGGUUCCGUUACUUUCCAAAUCUUUAUCGAUUAGGGUAUAAUAACGUGAUCAAUCAAGCAGCAUUAGGUGUUGUUACAAAAAAAAAAAAUAAAAGAAACCUUUUGCCAUGAUGGCCUUUUUAUUAUUAAUUUUUGUUUUUAAUAAAAAAACCAACAACUGCAAACAAUUUAUGCCAUUAACAUUUCCUAGUAAAAAUAAAAAAAACACAUAUACACACACACAUACAUACACGCAUAUAUACAAUCAUACAAUCACAGACACUUAUUUUAAUACUUUCUAUAAUAUCUGUCUGUCUGCCUAUCAGUCAGUUUGUCUAAAUAUCUUUCUAUUUAUAAAAAAAAAAUGUUUUUGUUUUUUUUUUUUUUUUUGUUUGAACUUGUAAUGAAAUUUAUUAAA